GGGGGCGGUAGAUGUUUAGUUUACGACAGCUCCGCUUAAGGAAGCGAGGAAGUGUUGUGACUUAGCGUUGAGUGAAACAUCAGACAUGGGUGUGCAAAUAAAAGUAGAAUACUGUGGCGGAUGAGGGUACGAGCCCCGCUAUCAGGAGCUCAAGCGGGUCGUCACUGCUGAGUUCACUGAUGCGGAUGUGACUGGCUUUGUUGGUCGACAGGGGAGCUUUGAGAUUGAGAUCAAUGGACAGCUGAUCUUCUCAAAGUUCGAAACCAGUGGCUUCCCCUAUGAGGAUGAUAUCAUGCAUGCUAUCCAGAGGGCCUCUGAUGGCCAGCCAGUGGAGAAGAUCACCAAGAGUCAGCCUCCUUGUGUCAUCCUCUAAUGUUUUCACAAUAAACCUUUUAUUUUGGCUCCCAUAACUAUAUCAGCACCUCAGGGACAACUUGGAGAAGAUCUGAAAAUUAAGAUCUAAAUGGUUCUGAUAUUAUAACUUUAAAAGGUCUGGUGUGGGAUCCUUAUACGUCCUCUCCUCUUCACUUCUCCUGCCGGGUUGCUGGACAUAAAUGAUUAUCGUAACUCUAAAGUCAAAGUUACGGUAUGAGGCCUGCAGUCCAUGCAGCCCCCACGCAGUAGGAGAUAGAUAGGGGAUGAUGAGGAGGGAGCCAAUGAAAGGGUCAAUUUCUUUUUUUAUAAAGCCACAUUGCCUGUUAGAGUCAGUGUCCUGCUUGUUGUUUUGUGUUUUGGGGUUAAAAAUAAAAAAAUGUAAUUCAAAAUGUGUUGUGAUGCUAAUAUACUAAAACACUGGUUACAGGAAGGGAACGCUUAAAGCUUGAAAUGAUCUUAAUUAACAUAUUUUCAGUGGGUGUGUCUGAGUACACUGUCCCUCAUGUUUUGCUAGCAUAAAUAGCUCAGGUGAUUGUCACUUUCAAGCAUUUUUUUUUCACAUAUUUUCGAUGUUUCAACUAAACCAAACAUCUGGUUUAGUGAUGUUUUUUACUUGCAAACACUGCCGCAGGUUAGCAUGUUGUAUUUAGUUUCAUAGAAACCUUUGAAGUCUUUGUAAAGACCAUGAUUAUGAUGCAUAUACAGUGCAUCAAAUAGGCCAUGAACCAGAUCUGUCUCCCAAUUUCAUUUAAGGGGUAAAUAAAAGUUAACAACUAUUGUUUUAUUAUAAAGGUGUGUCUGUCAGGUCGUUUCACACGAUGAUUUGAAAGGGUAAUAGCAUGUGACCCUGGAUCACAAAACCAGUCUAGCACGGGAACAUUUUUAGUAAAAGACAAAAAUACAUUGUGUGGGUCAAAAUUAUUGAUUUUUCUUUUAUGCCAAAAAUCAUUAGGAUAUUAAGUAAAGAUUAUGUUCCAUUAAGAUAUUUUGUAAAUUUACUACCUUAAAUAUAUAAAAACUUUAUUUUUGUGAGUGGAUGGUCUGCCACAGUGGCCCUGAUUAACAACUUCAAAGGCAAUUUUCUCAAUAUUUUGAUUUUUUUGCGCUCUCAGAUUCCAGAGUUUUAAACUGUUGUAUCUCAGCCAGAUAUGGUCCUAUUCUAACUCGUAUAUCUAUAGAAAGUUUAUUUAUUCAGCUUUCAGAUUAUGUAAAAAUCUCAAUUUCGAAAAAUUGACCCAUAAGACUGGUUUUGUUGUCCAGGGUCACAUAUAAUGUAGGUAAUAACAAUUUAAAAGCCUUUAUUUUAAUGUUAGUGUGCUAGUUAGCUGCUAUGGAGAGCGUGUGAUGUUCAGCUGCCUAUGUAAUGAACAUUAAAUAAUAAACGUUUUAAAUUGUUGACCUUAAAUAAAAUAUGUGCAUUGCUAA